AUGGAUCACGUACUUACAACAAAAAAGUCGUUUUACCUCAAAAGUAACCAGAGGAGCAUGGACGUGAACUAUAAAUAUCAAGAUUGGGAACCAAAAUCACCUGGUGUUUAUUAUGAUUAUGAUUUGAAAACAACAAAAUCGACAACAGAAUUGAAAGAGGUAACAAUUCAAACGAACACAGAAACAACAGCAGUUACGACCACGGAGGUGACAACACUUAGCAUAGAAACAACAGCUGCAACGGAAACAACAGUCCCAACAGCAACAACAGUUCCAACAGUAACAACAACUCAAACAAAAACAACAAAAGGAACUAUAAGCGUAAUACACAACUAUACUGACACUGCUACUACAGAAACUACAACUCUCACUUCAGAAAUAAUAGAUGAAGGUAUCCAAGAAAUAAACGACACGGUUCCUGAAACUAAUUCUAGUUACACUACUCUUGAGAUAACUGAUCUUCUCACUAAUACGUUGCCUGCUGACGCGACGCUAGAAGAUUUGUUACAUUGGUUCGCCUCAACCAGUCCUGAUGAGUACACCACACUCAUACCACCACCACCUACUAUUAACGUGCUAAGCCUCAUGCCUCAUGAGACAGAAGACAACGUUCUUGAUCACUUGGACCCUUGGACAACGACUACCAAGAAUCCAAUUCUUGAAGAAAUUAAAGACGAAAUAAAUAAAACCAAUGAUUACUUCGCAUCAAGUGUUCGUGAACUGGUAAUAGUGCUGUCACAUAAAAAUUCCAGCCAUGUUGACACACUACUUAUGGAUCUAAAUUCCAGACUAGCAAGCGCAAUGGAAAAAAAUACGUUGGCGAUGUUCAGCGGCUUGAUGAUUGGAGCGUUCCAGGCGCUGCUUCAGAUGUUGAUGUUAGCCACGGAUGACGUGAGGCAAGAAUAUUUUAACUACGCCAUAUACGCGCUGGAGAACCGACAUACAGCCUUCGCAAGCGACAUAAACGCUGUAUUUGAUGUCGUGGAAACGAUUUACACGGAUAAAGACGUAGCUGAAAUCUCAGAUAUUAUUAAGAAAGUCGAAGCAUAUCCUAAUAUUACUGAGGAUUCUGACACGUUAAUUGGUGAACUGAUAGAAGCGUAUAUCUUGAAGCCGCACGCGAAUAUCGUGGGUACUGCUAAAGAGAAAUUACUCUUGAUGGAACUACACACGGCUCUUGAGGAUAGGUUGUUCCCUGGACACGACCUGGGACGAAGAUUUGGUAAAGAAAGAAAAGAAAACAUUUCAGCGAAAUUUAAGUCGAUUACAAAAACAGUAAAACACAACUUGAUUUCAAGAAAAUACUUAAAGAGAAUUGAUAAAAUCCAAAAAACUACAAAACUUCCGAAAUAUAAAAAUGAUCAGAAGCAGAGAGCAAGAAACGUAAAGAAAAUAAAGAGCAAAGAACAGAGAAAGAAGGAGAGAAGAUUAGUUGAAAAAGAACGGAAGAUCAUAAGAGCUUCUUCAAACAGUAGGGAGAGUUCACUUCAAUCAAUAUCAAGUACGAGCAGCGAAUCAGAAGAGACUCAAGAUAGCGAUAUUGUCAGAUAUAAAUUAGAAUCUGCAUAUUCCCACUCCAGAGAAACAAAAAGAAAAAGACUCCAAAACAAAGCUAUGAGAUACAAAGCUCAUUCAAAACAAAUAAAAACAAAACCAAACAGAUAUAGAAAAUUAACAACGCCAAACGACGAAGAAAUGUUGAAAAUUAGACUAAAAGACGCCUUGCUACACACGACAAAAUUAAGAAGAUUUGGACAUAAACUUGACAGGCUCACGAAAAAGGAUAGUUACAGCGACGAUGAGGCGAUACUGAAAUCAAAAAUAUACAAAGUGUUUGGGUUCAAUCAUGACAUCAAACACAAUUAUCAAAGGUCAUUAUACUUACGGAAUGGAAAAAUUUGGAAUGUUGAGAGAUUUAACGCGAAAGGUGUCGGCGGAUAUGAUUACAAAGAUUGGGAAGCAAAGUCACCUGAUCUGUACGACUAUAUAUUACCAAAAACUAAUAGCACGGUAGUGACUGAACACACAAAUGCAACUGAAACUCCAACAACAGAAGAGACUGAAACAACAAAUUCAACAACAGAAACACAAUCCGUAGAAUCUACUGAAACAACAGUUACAACAGAUAUUUAUCACGUCGUAACUACCCUUACUAUAUCACUUCCUUUAACACCCCCAACCACUUCCACAACUGAAAGUACUACAGAAGUAACGCCUACAAAUGAAAUACCUAGCUUAUUUGCGUCCGAUGGUUUCGUAUUUCAACAUCCAUCUGAUACUACGGCUACAAGCGAAACAUCCAUAUUCGUCGAUCCAAUCAAGGCUAAGAUUAGGUCGGAGAUAUUGGAAUCCAAAAAGAAAUUAAGAGCCGGGUACUUCACGUCCAGCGCUUACGUCCUAUUGAAAAUCAUUGAUAGAAAGAGAGACGAAGAUAUUGGUAAUUUACUUCAGGGAUUAGACGGUGAAAUAAUUCGUUUGAAUUCCCUUCAUCACCUCGCAGUUUUCGGGACGCUGGUCACCACAUCUCUAUCAACCAUGGUGCGAGUUAUGGCAACGACGCCCAUAGAAAUAAUUCGAUCCCAAACGAAAACUGGUCUAAACAUGAUAGAAACUAGGAAAGAUUCCCUCAAUCCGGACACAAAUGCGAUGUUCGACGUAGUAGAUGCAAUGUACACAGAUGAAGAUUACCACAAUAUUGUAGAUGUACUUACUGAGAUUCAAAACUACCCUAAUAAUACACCACCAGCAGAUAAGAUCUCUGAAGCUUUUAUAAUAGCUUCAAUCCUGCAGCCAUUUGCACGAAUCCAGGGUACAGCGAAAGCUAAGCUGUUUCUUUCUGAACUGGAUCGAGCUGUCAAGAACCAGCUGCUCAUAGGUCGGCGUAGAACGAAUGCAAGCGGAAAACAUGGGAAAAGUACAGUCGCCUCACCGACGGUAGUCAGAAAAGCGAUGCGUCCGAAAUCCCAAAAAAUCACGAAAGCAAUACAAAGAGCUUUACCAACACCAGAAAUAGAAGACUCCACUGAAGUAGAUUACACAAGCUACGUGAAAGACCCUGAAAUGAUGAAGAAACUCAAGACCAAAAUGAUCAUAUACAAACAGAAAUUCCAAAAGAUUAGGAAGAAAGAAAAAAAAAUGAAAACAAAAAGAGGUCCUACAUCGACCGCGUUUAUAACAAAACUAGUACCACCGAUGCGUAAAAGCAAAUACUACAUGAGAAAAUACGUGAAAAAGAAUCUAUACAAGAUGAAAACUACCCUGAAAAAGACUACUUACUUCACUUGGAGAUUCCACGGACCUUACAAGAAGUUUAGGCCAUUGAGGAAGUUUAUGGGGACUAGUGAUGAUGUAGACACUGAUAGACUAAGUUAUAGAGCUGGAUCUAACUCAGACUUGGAGAUAGAUGAACAAGAUGAAGAUUUGAACAGAAUAACUAUAUCAAUGGCAGAAUCCAACAAAGAUUCCACCAAAAAUUACCUUCCAGAGUCUUCUAUCAGCAAAGAAGUUGAAUUAAAAGCUAAUUUAAACGACGCAAUGUAUCACCCAAAUAACGAGACAAUAAGAAGAAGAUCAAAUGUUAGAAAAGUUAAUAAAAUCCGUUUAGACAGCUUCAGUGAUGAUGAAGCAGUUUUGAAAGGAAAUAUUUAUAAGGUGUUCGGAUAUAGCAAUGAUUUUGCUAAGCAAUUACGGACUUUAGCUGGAGGUCAGGGCUGA